AUGUUUCAGCUUUGGAAACUUGUUCUCUUGUGCGGCCUGCUCACUGGGACCUCAGCGUCUCUUCUUGAGGAUCUCGGCAAUGAUGUUGUGAGCAAGCUGAAACCUGUUCUCGAUAAAGGACUUGAGACCGUUGACACUAUCCUUCAGAAAUUGAAGGCCGACUUGGAGGCACUCCAGGAAUCCAUGUCUUGGCAGGAGGCCCAGCAGAAGAUCCAGGAAGCUGAGAACUUGUUGGACAAAGCCCUUUCUAAAAUUUUUCAAGUAGUGGAAAAGAGCGGAAGUCGUCUGAGGCCAGCUCUACCAGAGCUUGGGUUGAAAAUCAGUAACGUCCACAUCCUGGAUAUCAAAUAAUUCGAAGUGAUUCCUGAUGGCAAAGGCACUAGCCUGAGUAUCCCCAUCACCACUAACGUCACCCUGACCCUGCCUCUGUUGGGUGAGCUUGUCAACCUUGGCCUCAACUUGGACCUCCAGACUAGUGUCGGCAUUGAAACUGAUGCCAAGACUGGUGUCUCCACAGUGGUCGUGGAAUAAUUCACCAACGACCCAGCCAACAUCUCACUCACCUUACCGGACAGCCCCAUUGGACUGGUCAGUGAAGCCGUGAACACUGUGGUCAAACUCGUGAGAAAGACAAUGUCCCUUGUGGUGCAGUAUGAGGUGAGUCCCCAACUCCUGCGGGCCCAGAGCCAGGCCUGCUGGGGGGCAGGUGUGACAUUCUCUGGCCUGGCAGCAGGAGGAGGGGAGCAGGGGCCUGACAAUUAG